AACAAGUGCCCUUAUUUUUUUCACCCAAAGUUUCCCUCUUUCUCUCUUCUUCUUCUCUCUGCUGUUUUCCGCCUCACACCAUUACUCUCCCAACAAUGGCGGCGACGGCGACUGCUGCUUCACUAUUCCCAUCUCCUGCUCACUUCCAGAAUCAGAAUAAAGUUUAUGGCUUUCCGGCGAAAACCCCCAACUCCCUGCAAGUAACUCCGAUCAUCGACGGGAGGAAGAUGAGGAAUGCCACUGUUCUCUCUGCUGCUUCCACCGAUAAAGCCAUCACCACUGCUCAGUCUAUAGCUCCGACGGCUUGUGAUAGAGUAAGGAGGCAUACCAUCUCGGUGUUUGUGGGUGAUGAGAGCGGUAUAAUAAACCGGAUUGCUGGAGUGUUUGCUAGAAGGGGAUACAAUAUCGAGUCCCUUGCCGUGGGAUUGAAUGAAGACAAGGCUCUGUUUACUAUCGUUGUUCUUGGGACAGACAAAGUCUUGCAACAAGUCGUAGAACAGCUUAACAAACUCGUCAAUGUCAUCAAGGUGGAAGAUCUCUCCAAGGAGCCCCAUGUAGAACGUGAAUUAAUGCUCAUUAAACUUAACGCUGAUCCAAGCACCCGCUCAGAGAUCAUGUGGUUGGUGGAUAUCUUUAGAGCAAAAAUCGUGGAUACCUCAGAGCACUCUCUAACGAUUGAGGUAACUGGAGACCCAGGAAAAAUGGUUGCACUAACGACAAACUUAGAGAAGUUUGGAAUAAAAGAAAUUGCAAGAACAGGGAAGAUUGCUCUGAGACGGGAAAAGAUGGGAGAAACCGCUCCGUUUUGGAGAUUUUCAGCGGCAUCAUACCCACAUCUUGUAAACGAAUCAUCAUCUCAUGAAACUGUUGCAGAGAAAACAAAGCUAGCAUUGAAUGGAAAUGGCAAUGCAUCAUCGGGGGGUGACGUUUAUCCAGUGGAACCCUAUAAUGAUUUCAAACCGGUCCUUGACGCUCAUUGGGGAAUGGUCUACGACGAAGAUUCGAGCGGACUCCGGUCUCACACAUUAUCUUUACUUGUGGCCAACGUUCCCGGAGUUCUCAAUUUAAUAACUGGAGCUAUCUCCAGGAGAGGUUAUAACAUCCAGAGUCUAGCUGUUGGUCCUGCUGAGAAAGAGGGCUUAUCUCGGAUAACAACAGUUAUCCCCGGAACUGAUGAAAAUAUAGACAAAUUGGUUAGGCAGCUCCAGAAGUUGAUUGAUCUUCAGGAGAUACAAAAUAUAACGCACAUGCCAUUUGCGGAGCGAGAACUGAUGCUCAUCAAAGUAGCUGCUGAUACUUCUGCAAGGAGAGAUGUUCUCGAUAUUGCUCAAGUUUUCCGUGCUAAAGCCAUUGAUGUCUCUGAUCAUACUAUCACCCUUGAGGUUACAGGGGAUCUCAGAAAAAUGUCUGCACUACAAACGCAGUUAGAGGCCUAUGGACUCUGCGAGGUGGCUCGGACAGGAAGAGUGGCAUUGGUAAGAGAAUCGGGAGUGGAUUCAACUUAUCUUCGUGGAUACUCUCUUCCUUUGUAGUUCCAAAGAGGACUUACCGCAAGCUUCAGUGUACUAGUCAAAAGGACUGCACAUUGUUUCAGCAUCUGUGAUUGAUUGCUUCCUCACGAGUCACGAGCCAUGGCGUUUCGAGUUGUUGUUAUAGGAGGACCUGUUUAGUGAACUAAAAAUAAAUAAUCAUGUUUGUU